AUGGCUUCUGAUAAUCUAUCUGAAUCCCUGCCUCCUGUGGGUCUUUGGGAAGCGCUCCAGGCUUCCUCCUCUAAACCUCGACCUAAUCCGCAUCCUUUAUCUUCCUUUGAACAUGGUAUCAUCGAUGUCAGCGAGUCUACAGACGGAGAAAAGAUCAAUAAAUACGAUUUACUAUGUCCUCGAGCGGAAUGUGGAAGUGUCAUAUUGAAAAGAGGCGUAGCAGCACUAAAAGAGCGCGAAAGCCACGGACAAUUUUCACAGAUAGAACCCUCUGACAUCCCCAUUCAUCCACUCCUUCCACAACUGCCUAGUGCCUCUGAAUUUACACAAUGGUGGUUGAUUACCCCUAACCCGAUGCAAUUUGAGAACGUUGGUUUUUCUCGACCUGUAGAAUCUCUAUCGCUCUCUCCGAAGCUCAAACUUCUUAUUUGUGCCGAGUGUGACCUUGGACCUUUAGGCUGGAGUGAAGAGGGAGGAACAGAGUUCUGGCUUGCUUGCUCAAGAGUUGGAUAUCGCAGCGACGGACAACUUUGA